GGCUAAUAUUGUCUACACUGUGUUCUGUUCUGUAUUUUCUAGUAUCGUGAACCAUGGUUACUUUAAGCGGAGUGUAUAACAGGUUUUCUCGCCUGGCAAAAGUUGCAGCCCAAAAGCAGCAACGGAAAUAUAACAAACUGUGCGCCAUAGCCAGCAACAUCUUGGGCAACAACAAGAAGAGCCAGGCAGUGUCAGAUGGAGAUUUGAACAUGUCCGCACGCGGCUGUGGCGGCAGCAGCACCAGCCUUCCUGGGACUCCAGCCGGAGAGCAUGGCCCAGCCAACAGUGUCAUGAGCUGGGCCGUGUCAUUUGAGAAACUGCUGGAGGACCCUUUUGGGGUCCGUUACUUUACGGACUUCUUAAAGUCUGAGGUGAGUGCGGAGAACAUUUUAUUCUGGCAGGCUUGUGAAAAGUUCAAGAAGAUUCCGGCCACUUCCUUGGAUGAGCUGAAAGCAGAAGCUCGCUCAAUCUACAGCACCUACCUGUCUGAGAGUGCUCCCUACUCGGUGAACAUUGAUGACACAGCAAAGACGGAGGAGAAGGACCUUCAGCAGCCUACACCUGACAUGUUUAACAAAGCUCAAGCGCAGAUAUUUAAGCUGAUGAAAAUGGACAGCUACAGGCGCUUUGUACGGUCCCCUCUUUAUCAGAGCUGCACUUUGGCAACAGUAGAAGGCAAAGGCCUACCUCGGCUCUCCAAUGAGUCUCCGCGCAUGGGAUCCUGGGAGGAUAUGGCCUCCAAAGUCCCCUUAAGGGAAAAGAAGGGCAAGAAGUCAGACCCUAACAGCUUUCUAGGUGGUAAGAGUGCCUCAGAGAAACAGCGACAGAAACGAGGAUCCUGGGGAGAGUCCCAUUUGUCCAUCAAGUCGACCAGUAGUGUGGAGCUUGGCUCCAUCUGCAGGCAUAUGGAGAAUGGUCGCUCGAGUCCCCGCUCCCCUGAGCUGGGGGGUGGAGGUGGGAGUCGUGUAGGGUUGGAGGGGGGAUACUGCUGUGUCUACUUGCCUGAUGGCAGUGCCUCCUUGGCACCCACGCCUAAUGGCCAGCCAAUCAAAGACUUGCUGACUAGCCUUUGUGAGAAAAGAGGCUUCCCACUGAAAGAUGUUAUCAUUUACCUUCAUGGCAAGGACAAGCAACCAUUAUCGCUGGACCAAGACUGCUCCGUACUGAGAAAUCAGCAGGUCUCUUUAGAGCUCAGAGUGACGUUUGCGGUGGAGAUUGCCUUCACUGGUAAAACUGUGGGGAUCAUGGUGAAGUCUAGUAAGACACUGCAGGAAGCUCUCUCUGUGGUGCUGCAGAAGCACAAUAUUAAGCCACAAGAGGCCUUGGUCACCAUGGUUGGAAGUGAUGAGCCUCUGAAUGUGAGCACCAAUGUGUUUAGUCUGGCCAAUAAGACGCUCCGACUUGACAAAAUCAAAGGCAAAGAGCAGACCAGCAUUUCCAGAGGCGGCAGUUCUGCAGCCAACCAGCCCCAGGGAGGAGCAGCAAGUACAGGUCCAGAAGCCAGAUCACUGAGCCAAGACAGAGCUAAGGCUCAGCCAAGGUCUACCAAGAACCGCGAGAUGGACGGGUUCCUUGACAUGCUGACGAGGGCUCAGAACUCCAGGGUGGAUGAUCAGCGAGGUCUUCUCACCAAAGAGCAGCUGGAGGUUCCUUCCUUCCUCCAGCUGCCCACAGAGCAGGUGCAGGAACCAGAGGAUCCCAGUAUAGCCAGCUCUUCCACUACUGACUCCAAAGCAAAAUCUGAGGAUAAGAAUUCAGCUGAAAAUUCAGCCGAAGCAGCGAAGGAAGCCCCCGACUCUGCUAAAUCGAAAUCCCCAGACAUGAGGGAAACAACAGUUUGAAAGACAAUCAUGUGUUGGAUGAACGAAGAUGUGAUCAAAAAACUACGACGAACAUUUCACAAAACUGUGAUAUGAUUAAUUUAAGAAAAUUAAUGCAAGAAAAAAUUAGUCCUAUAGCACUUUUUUUCUAAUUGUUCGCAAUAUAAGCUCUGAGAAAGCGGUGUGCUACCACAUGCUGCUCUAUACUUUUGAAUGACCUUCUUUUAAGCCAAUUUGUAAAUAAGGCAGAUCAUGGCAAGCAUUUAUGGUGUCGUUCUAAAACACUACACAUCCUUAUGGGGAAAAUGUUUGCUAUGAAAUGAUUAAUUCAACCUUAUAUGAAAAAGUUAUAGGUCAGAAUGUCACCCUGAAACUUUAAAUGUUUUAGUAUACAUUUUAUUCAUCCCCUGAUUUGUAAUACUGUACAGAUUUUGAUAUAUCGUUCACAUUUCUUCUGUUUUUUCACAGCCGUACUUUGCAGUGAUGUUUUCUUUAAACUAAGCACAGGAAGGAGUGACUGUCCAAAAUGGGUUUCAAUGUUUUUUGCACGGUUUCUUUGCUUCAACAUGCAUGGAAUAUUUGAUGCAGAUUUAUUAUUUAAUAUAUUCUUUUUAAAUUUGUGUGUUGCAUGCUUC